AUGAAAAUAUCUGUUUGUGGAGGCAUUUUUUCUGAGUGCUCUUGUGUUGACAAGCUGACUGCUGUUAUCCCACUUGACAGAGUGGGCUAUGAUUACAACACAGCUGUGGAAGCUGCCUGCAUGUUUCGAGCUCUCAAAGUCUGCCUGGACAACCUGGGUAAAUAUUAUGACAAAGUCAUCUCAGAUGAGACAAUCAUGCCAAGGAUCUUAAAUGGUGAGUUCUCACAUCUCAUCAAUAGUAUUAUAUGGGUGUGUGGACAUUGCAGACCAACUGAGAUGGUCACUGACCAGAAGGUUGCAAGCAAAGGAUUUAGACUUGAUCUGGCAUGGGAUCUGAUAAACAGCACUGCAGAAGAUGUGGUAUUGCUGGCAUCUAGUAAUGUUUCUGAUGCUGGAAAAUGUUCAACUACGACAACAACGACAACGAUAACCCCUACCACGCUCACCUCUUCAACUUGUACAAAUGUUCCCACUCCCGUUCUCACUUGCCCCGGUUGCGGACAUAAAAAUUGUGGUGCUGAUAACGGUAAUGGCAAUGGCAAGCAUUGCGUAGUAACUAAUACUUGUACGCUCACAACCACCACAUGUGUUACUCCAUCACCACCACCUCCACCUCCUUCCGCAUGUUGUGAGCUUCCUGCCCCGCAGAAUGUUGCAAAGGAUGUAUUGCUGAUCCACUAUGCCUUCAAUGGAAUUUUGAAGAAGGGUGUAUACAUUUCUUCGACGUCUCUAUUUGUGAACUCCCAUUCAUUAGUCAGUAUUUUCUAG